AUGCCAAUCCACAAAGGAACCCCACCACAACUCCGCAAAGUGUUGCAAGACCCCCGGCACAGCCACUGGAAGGAUGUCUACCUUCAUGCUAUCGGCGAGCUCAUCAAUACGAGCUUUGGGUGCAACCUGUUUCGAUGUCACUCGAUCGAUUAGCAUAGCGGGGGGUUCCCGAGCUAGGGCUCUUACAAUCAAGAGUGGCGCUGAAGGUGUCGGGGAUGUCGGGGGCACCGAAGGAAGAGGAGAAGGGCGCCUGAGGAUGAGGACUAUUGAGUCAAUGCCGUUCCAGACAUACCAGCUCGCCUUGGGUAUAAUAUACAAAGACCGACAAGAAAAGCUCGAAAGAAUCGCCCAAGAGAGGGAAAAAAUGAAGAAAUUGAUCAAGUACAAAGGACUCACGCACGACGAUCGGCGAAUAAUCUCUAUGAAGCAGCAAAUUGAGAAAUGGGGGAUCUACGCUGACGCGAACAACCCGCGGGUAAAAUACAAUUUUGAUUGUGGGAUAGGUGGGUUGCGAUGUUGUCUUCCCCUUGAAGUGUGGGCCCUAACAAAGUGUUAGUUGGUACGAGCAAGCCAAUAUACCUGCAUCUUCUCAAUCGGAAGUGGAGGAAGCGGAACCGACCGAUCCUGAUGCAAAGACUUGAGACCAUGCAUGUCAUUCCAGAUGUUCUCCCGAAUAUCGAUCCUAUUGUCGAUGUGCGGGUGCAUUUCAAGGGCAGAAAGGCCCCGCCAGGACAGAUACUAGAUUCUUUGAUGGUGGAGGAGUUCCCUACUGUGAGAGUUAUCCCCUUUAAGGAUGAAGAAAUGCUCUGCACUAUUGCGGUGGUAGAUCCUGGUAUCGUCAUGCCCUUUCUUUGUAUUCCUAGCGCUACCCGGGCUAACAACCCUCUAGAUGUUCCGGAUCCAAAGAGGGGUGGGUUCAGAUACCGGUGCCACUGGAUUGUGUGAGUGCAAACAUUUCGCCCAUCGCCAGACGCAUGUUAACACAUUCAGUUCCAACAUCCCCAUAUCCCCAGCGCAAACUACCGCUGUUGGACCUUUGGCUAAACCUGCGGACACAAUUGUGCCAUAUCUUCCGCCCCACGCUCAAAAGGGGACUCCAUAUCACCGUUACGCCAUGAUAGUUUUCAAGCAGCCUGGAAAGAUCGACCCGGCUACUCUAGGAGGGGAUAUUAACAAGGACUACUUCACCAUGAGAGGCUUUCAGGACAAAAACAAACUAUGCUCCAUCGGAGCAUUCAUGUGGCGUGUAGAGUGGGAUAGCCACACCAAGGAAAUUAUGCAGAAGCAUAACUUGCCUGGUUGGGAUAUUAUGUAUAAACGGAUCAAGGAUGUGGCGCCAUCAUAG